UCCUCUCGCUCAUUCUCUCACUUGCCAUUUCCAGAACAAGAUAUAAACUUUAUUGAACCCAAAGGGUCUAGGAAGGAUUGAUAUGGGGCUGAGGGAGAUGGACUCGGCGCUGCCGCCGGGUUUCCGGUUCUACCCGAGCGACGAGGAGCUGGUGUGCUUCUACCUGCGCAACAAGGUGGCCAACCAGAGGGUCGCCUCGGGGACCUUGGUCGAGGUCGACCUCCAUGCCCGCGAGCCAUGGGAGCUUCCCGAUGUCGCUAAGCUUACCGCAGAGGAGUGGUACUUCUUCAGCUUCCGGGACAGGAAGUACGCCACGGGCUCGCGAACAAACCGAGCAACAAAGACGGGUUACUGGAAGGCGACCGGGAAGGAUCGGGUUGUCCAUGAGCAGGGCACGCGUGCAUUGGUUGGCAUGAGGAAGACCCUGGUGUUCUACCGUGGGCGUGCUCCCAAUGGGCAGAAGACCGGUUGGGUCAUGCAUGAGUUUCGCCUCGAAACACCUAACUCGACACCCAAGGAGGACUGGGUGCUUUGCAGGGUGUUCAACAAGAUGAAACCCUUGUCAGAAGGCGAAGAAGCAGCAGGAAGCAGGAUCCAACGUGGCCAUCCCGCCACCGCCACCGGCGCUGAGCCCUCCUCGCCGCCGGCCUUCCUCGGCUCGCUGCCCAACCCGACGGCGAAUCCGGCGGACGACUUCUACCAGCAGCGCCAAGCACUCUCGUCUGGCGCCCUGCUGAUGAACCUGGCGAUACUGCAGCAAGGCAGCUUCUUGGAUUACUGCAGCCCGGUGGUGCACCAUGGCGCGGCGGUAGGGGCGCCCCACAACGCCGGCUGCGGCGGCGACGAUGCCGCCAUGGCCAUGGCACUGGGGCACGUGGGGUUCGAGGAGCACGGCAUGGGGGAGGCUCUGGAGAUGGAGUACGCGCAGCCUGAGGGUGGCUGCGGCUACAGGGGCGGGCUCUACUUCUAGCAGGCACAGGGAGUGGUAGUACUCUGAAAUUAUUGUGUGUGUGUGUGUGUGUGUGUGUGUGUGUGUAUAGUUUGGCAGUUACAUGCGGUGCAAAAGGUUGCGGUAGAGGUCAGAAGAUCGCUAGUUAUUUUCACAAAAAAAAAGAAGAUUGCUAGUUAAAUUAGGUUAGAGCGAGAAGGGAGUGUGAAUUGUGAAUGUGAAUUUAUGUGUCUACGAUUAAAUAGUUUACGUUAUCUAUAUAGUUUUCAAAACUGAAUUGGUUAGGUUUUUGUACUUAACAUUGAUGAAGUUGUAGGUGGACUUCAUUCAGGU